AUGUCUUCUAACAAUAACAACGAUAUUUCAGUAUCUAUUCCUAUAAAUGAGUGGAAACAAUCAAUUAAUUCCUUAUCUGAAGCAGUGGAACAUUUAUCCAUUCAACAACAACAAAGGAAACAAGACAACAUAAAUACCAAGGUUGACAAAAAAAAGCAAAAAGGAGAAAGUGAUUUAACGGUCCACGAAUACUGUUAUUGUGAUGGAGAGUGCUCUACUAAUACCAAUAACAAACAAAAGUUUAUCAACGGCAUAAGAUAUAAAUGCUUAUACUGUUAUAACUUUGAUUUAUGCGAAUUGUGUGAGAAUAAAGGUUUUGAAACUGGAUCUCAUAAAAAGUGGCAUAAUAUGGUUAAAAUUAAAACACCAAGCACAGAAAGCUCUAUUACCGGCUCUUUUGGGAAUAUGUUUGUUCCUUGCUCUCCUACUAAUACUACUACCACAAAUAGCGAUACUGAUAGCAAUAAUUAUACUUGCCCAUAUAAGGAAAUUACUGCCACCAACGAUAAUGAUAACAUGGUUCCCGUCAGUGAUGUUAUUAUUGAUAUAUCUGAUAAACAUAACCAAUUAUUCGAGUUCUUCUCUGCCAUUAAAGAUGAACAAGAAUUGCUAGAUAUUAUGAAUAAAUAUAAAUCGUAUGACAAGUUAGUGGAGGAGCUUGAUGUUUUGAAAAACGAACGACAAAAAAAAAGUAUUAGUUCUGAUACUGCUGCUUCCAGUUCCAAUAUCAUGGAUAAAGAACAGAAAAGUUGCGAAGCGGAAAAAGACUGUCAGGACGUUAGUAGUAGUACUAAUACCAUUACCAACACUUCUACUUUUUAUUCUUAUUCAUCUCCUUCUUCCCUUUCAUUGGGUACAGACGACUAUGAAAUAUUAUCAGAAAGUGAUUUAGAUUAG